AUGCUGUUCAUUGACUACAGCUCAAGAUUCAAAACCAUAGUGCCCUCGAAGCUCAUCACUAAGCUAAGGUCCCUGGGACUGAACACCUCCCUCUGCAACUGUAUCCUGGACUUCCUGUUGGGCCACCCCCAAGUGGUAAGGGUAGGCAACAACACAUCCGCCAUGCUUGCUCUCAACACUGGGGCCCGUCAGACGUACAGUGUACUCCCUAUUCAACUACGACUGCGUGGCCGCGUGGACAUCAUCAUUAAGUUUGCCAAAAACACAACUGUGGUCACUGACGAUGAUGAGACAGCCUAUAGAGAGGAGGUCAGAGACCUGGCAGGGUGGUGCAAGGACAACAAGCUCUCCCUCAAUAUCAGUCAGACAAAAGAACCGAUCAGGAAACGGAGGGCCGAGCACACCCCCAUUCACACCGACAGGGCUGUUGUGGAGCAGAUCAAGAGUUUCAAGUUCCUCGUACCGUUCCUGCCCCUAAACCAGUCGGAAGCAUUCUGCAGCCAGUUUAAGAACGGCCAUUGGUACUGCUAUGUCCUCCUCGUUCUCUUCACCUUCACCCUGCCCCUGGGCAUCCUGGGUAACGUGGCGGCGCUGUUCAACUACACCUGCUUCAUGAGGACACGUAGUCUGUCCACCAGCAACGUGUUCCUACUCAACCUGGCCAUGUGUGACUCCGCCUGGAUCUUCACCCUGCCCUUCACCAUCUACUUCAGCCUCCAGAGGCCCUUCCUCAAGGACAUCCAGACCUUCUGCCAACUCAAGAAGAUCUUCUUCAACAUCAACAUCUACGGUAGUAUUCUCUUCCUCACUCUGAUCAGCUUCGAUCGCUACGCCGGCACCGUGCACCCAAUCAGCUCCCGCCGGUGGUGGGACGUAGGCAAAGCCAAGCUCUGCUCCGCCUGCGUCUGGGUCUUCCUCUUCCUGGGCUCCAUCCCUGAACUCUUCUUGAACUUCGCUAUCCAAAGACCGGAGAAUGUGACCGUGUGCAUGGACCACAUCCAGGGUCCAUUCGUCUAUGUCAAAACCAUUUCCAUCAUCAGGACUCUGGUGGGCUUCGCCCUGCCGUUCAGUGUCAUGCUAGCCUUCUAUGUGAUGACAGUGCGGGUGUUACGAGGAAUGCCCAGGGGAAAGAGAAGGGGUUGUGGCGGGUGUCAGUGGGUGGGGAAACCCCUGCUGCUCAUCACCGCUGCCCUGCUGGUGUUCGUGGUGUCCUUCGUGCCCUACCACGUCAUGAUCAUGACCCUGGUGUUCAUGAGGAUCCACGACCAGGUAACUCCCGCCAACGUGCACGUCCUCUAUGCCUCCUAUGAGUUCUUCGAGGCCAUGUGCAGCGUGAGUAGCUGCCUGGACCCCAUGCUGUACAUCCUGGCCAGUGACAGGUUCCAGAGGAGACUGCAGGCCCUCAGGAGGGGCCACCACAGGGCGCUAUGCUGCAGGCGUAGCAGGAGGGUAGAGGUGGAGGGGUGA